UGCUACGUAUUCUUCCUGACACCCAUUCAACGCCAUCGUCAGCUUGUGCUGGCAAAGAGAGAGGUGUGCUGCUAGCUAGCUGAUUGGGAAAAGCGGUCGACGUUAGUUAGCCAGAUAGAUAUUCAGCAUAAAGGCUGCAAGCAGUCAGCGGAACUCUGGAUAGCUUGCUAGCUUUUUGAUAAAAUACAUGGCUUUAACGAUGUCGUCAGCACGCGACGGAAUAACUUUUUUCUGAAACAACCACUUGAAGACUAACCUAAACUAGCUAGCUAUUUUAAUUGGUUCAUAGCUUUAGCUAGCUGCAAGCUAAUCUUCGACACAAAGGUACUGACUGUUAGUUGGCUAUAUUGUGAACUUCAUGGCCAACAAAAUGACUCUUGUCUGAUGAAGCACAUCACAGGAUUUACUUUUCCAGCUCUAAAAAGUAGCACGACUCCACUGGAGAAGGACGCAAAAUGAAGAAACAGUUCAAUCGGAUGAAACAACUCGCCAACCAAACAGUUGGCAGAGCAGAGAAAACAGAAGUUCUCAGCGAUGACCUUCUACAGAUUGAGCGGCGCAUGGAGAUGGUACGUGUGGUCUCCCACAACACACACAAGAGGAUGGUCACCUGUCUGCAGGGCCACAUUGGCACCGACGCAGAGAAGAGACAUAAAAAGCUUCCUCUGACAGCGCUGUCUCAAGCCAUGGUGGACGGAGGCAGUCAGCUGGGAGAGGAGUCUCUGAUUGGGAAGAUGAUGGAGGUGUGUGGGGAGGCAGAGAACAGGCUGGCGUCAGAGCUGCUGCAGCAUGAGGUUCAGAUAGAGAAAGACGUGCUAGACCCCCUCAACCAGCUAGCAGAGGUGGACAUUCCCAACAUCCUGAAACAGAGGAAGCAGCUAGCCAGGCUAGUUCUUGACUAUGAUUCUGCCAGAGCGAGGUGGUUGCAGGCAACCAAGUCGAUAAUCUCAGGAACAAACACUCAAGCACUGACGGCCAAGGCAGACCUGCUCAAAGAGGAGGUGGAUGAAGCUAUGAAUAAAAUGGAACUGUGCAAGGAUCAACUGGCUGCAGACAUGUACAAUUUCUUCUCAAAGGAAGGGGACUAUGCCUGCUACUACGUAAUGCUCUUAGAGGCCCAAGCUGAUUACCAUAGAAAGUCUCUGAUUGUCCUCGAGAGUGUCCUGCCAACCAUACAAGCACAGCAAGACUCGUGGACAGAGAAGCCAGCGUUUGGGACGGGGCUGGAGGAGCAUCUGAAGAGGAGCAGCAGAGAGAUCGCUCUGCCCUUAGAGGCCUGCAUCAUGAUGCUGCUGGAGACUGGCAUGAAGGAGGAGGGCCUCUUCAGGAUCGCAGCAGGGACCUCAAAACUGAAGAAGCUCAAGGCUGCUCUGGACUGUUCCACCUCACAGCUGGAGGAGUUCUACUCGGACCCCCACGCUGUCGCUGGAGCCCUGAAGUCUUACCUGAGAGAACUACCUGAACCUCUGAUGAGCUUCCAGCUUUACGACGAGUGGAUUCAGGCAUCUAGUGUUCCAGAGCCAGACAAGCGACUGCAGGCCCUCUGGGUUGUGUGUGAUCAAUUACCAAAGAACAACAAAGCCAACCUAAGGUAUCUGGUGAAGUUCCUGUCCAAGCUGGCUCAGGACAGUGAGGUCAACAAGAUGACCCCUAGCAACAUCGCUAUUGUACUGGGACCAAACCUGCUGUGGGCCAAAACGGAGGGCACUCUAGCUGAGAUGGCUGCUGCUACCUCUGUUCACGUGGUGACCAUCAUAGAACCCAUCAUACAACACGCUGACUGGUUCUUCCCUGAGGAUGUGGAGUUUAAUGUAUCAGGGAUGUUUGCCAUGCCCACCCCUCCUUCCAACCACAUCAACCACUCUAUGGAGUACGACUGUUCCACCAUCGAGAGGAAGAGGCCUGGUAGCAUGGUGGGGCCAGAGAACGAUACCCUUCGCAAGGACAGUUCUGCUAACAAACUGUCGGACCAUAACACCAUCCCCCGUAGAGGCAGCAACACGUUAGGUAGAAAGCAGCAUGUUUCACCCGCCUUCCUGCCCCCCUUACCCCCGGUGGAGUCCCCAGGGCCUUGGCAGGUCAUGGGGUGUGUGGCCGAGCUCCAGGCCCCGCCGGAGGGCAUGGCGUUGGAGGGCUGCCAGCCUAGCCUGGCACUGGGUAUGGCUGCCCUGGUGGCAGCGCAGCAGCUUCUAGCUACUACCACGGAGGGUCUCAGCAACCCAAAGCGUGACCCCACCUCCACCCAGACCCUCCAUCAGAGGAACGGUUCAGGAGGGGGCAACCCGGGCACAGCCAGCCCAGCAGGAGGAGGUGGAGCAGGGGGACAGCUGGGAGUGGUAGGCCCUGGGGCCGGAUCCAUGGGGCCCAGUCCACACAUGAUGCGCAGAGGUACAAAGAAGCCAGCCCCUGCCCCUCCCAAGCUGCCCAACCCCCCUUCAGGCCAGCCCAGUAACCUCACCAACCACAACCCCUCCUCGGGCCAGUUCCUCAGCACCUCCCCCAGACCCCUCUCUUCCUCAAGCCACUCCCCUACCUCCCCCACCCUGCCCACAUCCCAGCCCUCCUCCACCCCCCGCCGCCACUCCAACAACCAGCCCUCCAUCCAGGCCCCCAACCACCCACCCCCACAGCCCCCCACACCCUCACAGGUCAGCCCCCCGUCCCAACCCAGGGCCCUCAGCCAUCCCACAGGAGACAACCCGGGGGCGGAAUAUUCUCCAACAGACACCCCCACCCCGCCUGACACACCUCCACCCUCCACCGUCCCCCAGGACAUACCCAGUGCCCAUCCUGCCUCCACCUUGCCCUUCCAGUCAGGCUCCCUCCCCCGACCACGCCCUGUCCCCAAACCCAGAAACAGGCCCAACAUUCCUCCGCCACCUCAGCCCCCCACACAGGGAAAUGAUACCAACGGGAUCUGCAGCACAGCCUACAAAAUCAUGGACCCAGCGCUGUCUCUCAAAGGGUUGACCCGAGCCUUCGUCCCUGAGUUUGCUGUGGACCAGCAGCCAGUGACCGCCCCCUCCAUGGCCCCCAUGACAUCCGUGCCUCAGCCCAAAGACUCAGACCUGGACACAGAGAGUACCAUCCUAUAAUGAAGAGGGCUUGGCUCUCUCUCCCCUCCAUCUCCUCUCCAGGCGUGGGUAGAAGUUGACCCUAACCACAGAUCCAGGGUCAGAUAGUAGUUUCAUCCCCUAAUGGAUAACUAUACGACUAGGUGUAGGGAGAUUUGGUCCUAGAUCUGUGGUUAGUGGUAACUUCUACCGCAGGCUCCCCUCAGCCCACCACAACUCUGCUGCUCUCUGCCAACUCCACCUCCGUGUCCACCACACACUAACUUACCCACCAUCAUUACCACCUUGGUCCGCUCCACCUCAGCCUUGUUACAGCUACUACUAUAUACAAUCAACUCAACAGCCUUGAUUAAAGCUGAAUAAAUAAAGUUUUUGCAAUGAAAACGGUAUGUUUUUGCAUGGGCUGGUUACACCUGAAGGGACUGGUAGUAGUAAGUGGGUUGUUAACAGUGGACUGACAGACUUUGAUAUUGGUGUAAGGUGUGUUGUUGUUGAUUAUGAUGGCCUUAGAACUGAAGAAUACUAUUUGUAAAUGUAAAGCACAGGAAAUGUGGGUAAAAGUAGAACCCCCCCCCCCCCCCC